AUGGCCAGCCCAUACCAGCUCCGUGAUAUGUUCGUCACAUUCCUAAACAAUUGCUUCGUUGCAAGCCCUAAAGGACUAUGGGAACACUCAUGGAAAUCACUGAGCGAGGACAUACUUCACAAGAGACAAAGGAUCUUAGGUCACGCAAAUCUGGAGCUGGACGAUAAGACCCUGGAGCAAUACACAUUGAUAGAAGUAGAAAAGUUGAUGCGCAUGCAUGACCGCUCCUUAAAUGAUAUUAAAGAUAUGCCGAAGAUCAACCUUGUUUUGCUAAAGGAAUUGGGGAACAGGGGCACAGGAAAAACAUACCUAUACCAGACUAUUAUAUCCGGGCUUCGCUCAAGAAAACAAAUUGUUCUACCAGUUGCUUCUUCAGGAAUAGCCGCCUUGCUACUACCAAACGGGAGAACAUCUCAUUCCCGCUUCAAUAUUCUGUUGAAGCUCGACGAAGAUAAGUUCUGCAACAUCAAACCAGGUACAAUGCUGGCUGAACUAAUUGAGGAAACGGACCUCAUAAUUUGGGAUGAGGCACCUAUGACAGACAAACAUGCUUUCGAAGCAUUAGACAAGACGUUGAAGAACAUAAUGUCUAUGAAAAAUCCACCCGCAAAGAAUCAGCCUUUUGGCGGCAAAACAGUUAUGUUAGGUGGGGAUUUCAGACAGAUCCUACCAGUCAUUCCACAAGGUAGUAGAGCUGAUACUGUAUUAGCUUCGAUAAGCCAUUCAUAUCUAUGGAAUAGCUGCCACAAGUUCUCUUUGAAAACAAAUAUGCGAGUCAAUCAGGAUGAGAAAGAGUUUUCUGAGUGGCUUCUCAAGGUCGGGGAAGGUCGUCUAGAAUCAGGACAAGAAUAUGAGGAUGAUGGGUACCAUGAGUAA